AUCAGUAAUCAGAAUUGUUUUGCCGAUUAAUAUUCUGUCAAUCACCUGAUCAUUUCAGCUCCAUCUGGUUUCUGGGUGUGUGAGGGGAAAAUGAAAACGACUCAGUCGGGGCCCAUCAAUAAAUGAUUGCCCCGGGGCAAAUUAUGAAACUAUUCAUCGUGCAAAAAGAAAGAGAGAGUGGAUCCGUGUACAGAGACAGGCCAUGAUGUCUUCUGGCCGCACCCUCAGUCUGGCCCCUCCCCCCCGGUCUUACGUGAUGGAGCGUCAUGUAAAACCUCCAGGACUUCAGGUGCGUGUCUCACAACUUAAAGACAGUCAAGUCAAACGAGCUGAACUCUGAUUCUGUUGGAGCGCGAGGAACUUUCCUCCAGUCACAAAACAUCAAAGGAUUAAUUAUUUUUCCCUUCAUGGAAAAUUACUGAUUUUUGUUUUUAAAUAAGCUCCACACACACAGGUUAUCUGAGCCUCCAGUCCUCUUCACCACCAUGAGUUGGGGGGCGCUCUAUGCCCAGCUGGGCGGCGUCAACAAACACUCCACCAGUCUCGGAAAGAUUUGGCUCUCUGUCCUUUUCAUCUUCCGCAUCACUAUCCUGGUUCUGGCAGCUGAGAGCGUCUGGGGGGAUGAGCAGUCAGACUUCACGUGCAACACGCAGCAGCCUGGCUGCAAAAAUGUCUGCUACGAUCACUUCUUUCCCGUGUCGCACAUCCGCCUGUGGUGCCUGCAGCUCAUCUUCGUAUCCACACCGGCUCUGCUCGUAGCCAUGCACGUCGCCUACAGGAAACGUGGGGAUAAGAAGACCAUGCUGGCCUCCAACGGCCCCGAGAAGACGACGGAUACCGACCUGGAGACGCUGAAGAGGAGGCGUCUGCCAAUCACGGGCACACUGUGGUGGACCUACACCUGCAGCUUGUUCUUCCGGCUCAUCUUUGAAGGUGGGUUCAUGUACGCGCUGUACUUUGUCUACGACGGCUUCCAGAUGCCCCGGCUGGUGAAGUGCGAGCAGUGGCCUUGCCCCAACAAGGUGGACUGCUUCAUCUCCAGGCCGACAGAGAAGACCAUCUUCACCAUCUUCAUGGUGUCCUCAUCGGCCAUCUGCAUGGUGCUGAACGUGGCCGAGCUGGGCUACCUCAUCGUCAAGGCGAUCCUGAGGUGUUUGACCCCGGUAAAGAAGAGGAAACACUCUUACACCCACACGGACAGCGUGACCCGGGACAAUACCCACCUGCAGAAUAAGAAGAACGAGAUGCUGCUGUCUUCCUCCACAGAUUUGUCCAGCAACAAGACCAUGUGUUGAAGGGCAGCCGUCAGUGGUGAAGUGGGACGGAAGAAGAUAAAAACCCUUAAACUGUAAAUCCAACUACCCAUAAUAGUCAAAUUUCACAUCUACAAUUUGGUAAUCAGGCUCUAAAUGUUAGCAUCCACCAGAAUUGUCUCAUGGGAAGGUGAAAUAGCUUUUGAGGCAGAUUUUGAGACAGUGGAAACUUUAAAUUACCACAGCAGAAACUAGUUAAGCUACACAGUAUUGUUGGGUCGGCCUGUCUUCUACAUUCAUGAGUUUCCACCGGUUAGGAAAACAAAAAAGCCGCCAGGUAGCAAAGAUUGUCCCUGUAUUUGUGGAUCUUUAUCACAAGUGUCACCUUUACGUUUUAAUACGGUGGAUGGUUGAUGAUAAUGUUGGAUGAUUGGGGGGGGGGGGGGGGGGGGUUAAUUUAUUGUUCACAGUUUGAAGUUUGCUUGAAUGUGCUCAAAAGAGUGAAUGGUCAGGGUUUGAACCAGAGUGAGUCUACACUGACAUCUGGUGGUGACAAUGGGAAACGCAAGGAGCACGAACACCGUCCACAAGGUCUGAAUGAGUUACUUAGUGUUAAAGUAGAAGAACAAAUAAAAGUAAUGACAAGUGAAGCAGAAGAAAAGAAGGUCCAAGUGCCUUAAUGAUUACGUUUAGUGUUUAGUUUACAACAGCUGACGUUUGAUCUUAAAUGUUAAAUACGUGUUUUACAGUGAUUGAUAAAAGCAGAUGAGUUUUUUUUUAUGUUCCUGCUGUUGUUGAAUCAAGCGACUGUAGCACAAAGUUAAGUUUGAAAAUUCAUAGUUAAAUGACUUUCUAUAAAUAAUGCUAGUUUUUUUUUUGUGUGUGUGUGUGUGUGUUGCACAAGAUAAGAUUAUAAAACACAGUGAAAUCUUACCUAAAACACAACAGUGGUUUAAUAGAUUUGAUGCUCUUCACUGUUCAAUCAAAUCAGAAUGUCUGUCGUCUUUUUACUUGAACUGAAAGUGUCUGAAGCUGAAGAGUUUUUGGAGAAAUAACCCGAACACACGGAGAAUGUGCUGCGUGUUUUCACACGUGGAUUCCAGGCGAUACAAGUAUGAAACAUACAUGUGUUCAGAUUGUACAAGGUGUUUUUUAAUUCUUAAGUCAGAAAUCGCUCCCCAACAGAUCAUUUUGCAUAAAUGUGAAAUGUUUGCUUUGGAACAGAAACUGCAGAGUUGAUCUGGGUGUCAAAGAGGCAAAAACAAAUCUCACAUGACGCAGAUAUUAAUUCAGAAAAUAUUGAUCGAGUGUUAAAACAUACAGGACAUUAUUAUGAAUUCUAGUCAAGAAGCUUGAAUCUUAUAAAGAUCAGAUCUGUCCGGUUUGUAGUGAUUUACAGAUAAAUUACAUGAAUCAGUAUUUUUGCACUUUGUGACAUUUUGUUUUCGCCUCCUGAUGACGUCGUUAUCCGCCAAGUGUUUAUUUCAAAAAAGGGGGAUUAUCAAGUUACACAGCUCAACACUGAUCAGAAGUUGUCCCGCUCAGCCCAGACCUGCUCCAUGUGCUAUUUGGACUUGUGUUGUUGUUGCGGUGUGUGCAUGUGUGUGUGUGUGUGUGUGUGUGUGUGUGUGUGUGUGUGUGUACUGACCGCAGCUGGCUGUAUCAGCUUUCAGGAUGUGCCUUAUUUUAGCCACAACACUAAUCGCCGCUCCUCCCUCUUAAUGUGGCGGCCCGAUCUCAAAGUGAAAACGUCUUUGUCCUCCUUCCAUCCAGGAAAUACCCGAGUUGGAUCAUCCACAUCUGUGUUGUUGAAAAAAUUAAUUAAUUAAAACAAUCACCUUAUUAUCACGUUUUGUGAACAGAGAAGAGCAAUGUGGAGACUUUGAAAAAGACUGGAAGGGGGUGUGUGGAUAAUUGAUCUGAGGUGUCAAUUCAAUUUUCUUUUCUUAAGUUUUGAAUUGAGUCCUACACUGAUGUUACAUAACUCACGCAGCUGAUGAGCGUCUGUGUAGUUUACAUCCAAAACAAAAAGCCGAGUCCUUCAUUGUCACAGACACAGCAAAAUGUUUUAAUAUUAUUAUUUUUUAAAAACAUGUUUUGUUUUGUGUCAGCUCUGCAUUGACCUUUGACCUUGUGCUUUUCUGUAACAGCCUGAUGACAUUUUUGACGAUGUGUUUUCAAGGGACGAGCCUGAGACUCCAGUCCCCAGAUGUUGUUGUUGUUGUUGUUGUUUUCUGCUCAGAUUCUUCCACAGUCUAGUUUUUUUUUGUAGUCUGCUUUUAACAGCAAACAGCUUUUCUAAGCAAGAAGAAAUUAAAUAUUUGUGAUUGUGUUUUGUACCUAAGAUGUUUUUUAAUACACUCGCACUUUGAUCCUUGAA